GCUAGAUGUUGUGGAAUUUGUGUAGGACUUUUUUAUGAUUUUUAUUUUAUCUAAGUGGUUUUAAAUCUUACAAGUCUUGGAUAUUUUAGCCUCUGAGCAAUGACCAAAAACAACAACAGCUUCUUCUUUUCUGCUUCUUGGCCAUCAUCCUCUUCAAUCUUGAGAUCUUAUUCAGUGUGUGCUGUGCUUGUGUCAUCUUUUUUUUCAGAAUAGAUUGAGAAAGGAAAAGCUAAUCCAAAUAUGCUAUAAGACAUCUGGGAGUUGGGAUGUUUGAGGGAGUAGUUUGAUAUGGUGAUGCAUCUACUCAAAAAAUUGAGCAGAGCUAUAUGUUAUGCUGUGGACUUCUACUAUGGAGUUAAAUUCAAGCUAUGACAUUGAGCAUUCGCAUUCUACACAAAGAAUACAGCAUGAGCUGUGGCCACUAGAUCCCAUCGAUCCGAAAAAGGCAAAGUUUCCAUGUUGUUUGGUUUGGAAUCCGCUUCCCGUUGUGUCGUGGUUGGCACCCUUCAUUGGUCAUAUUGGCAUUUGCAAGGAGGAUGGAGUUGUUUUGGAUUUUUCAGGAUCAUAUAUUUUGAGUGUGGAUGAUUUUGCAUUUGGUCCAGUGGCAAGGUACCUGCAACUCGACCGUAGUCAGUGUUGCUUCCCUCCUAACCUAUCAGCACACACAUGCAAGCAUGGCUACCAGCAUUCUGAGUAUGGCACUGCAAUCACAUGGGAUGAUGCAUUGCAGUCGAGCUCGCGGUAUUUUGAGAACAAAACUCACAACCUUUUCACCUGCAACUGCCACUCAUUUGUUGCUAACUGUCUGAACCGGCUCUGUUAUGGAGGAUCAAUGAGCUGGAACAUGGUAAGUGUAGGAGCUCUAAUACUAUUCAAGGGGAGCUGGGUUGACUUCAGGUCUGUUAUAAGGGCUUUCUUGCCUUUUGUUGUGGUUGUGUGCAUUGGAGUUCUCAUGGUUGGGUGGCCCUUCUUACUUGGGUUGUUAUCCUUCUCUCUACUCUUGAUGGGGUGGUUUCUAGUGGGUACUUAUCUUGUUAAAAACUUACUAGAGUGCUAGAUGCUCUUUUGAGUUGAAACAUGGCAUGCUUUUUCUUCACCAAAUAAUGUAUUAUUAGUUUUGUUUUGCUUCAA